AAGGCAUCGCUGUCUUCCCAGCAGCUGCACUGCCCCCUCCGCUCUCCCCUUGCAGCCACAGGUCGCAGCAGCAGCAAGCAUGGACAUUACCAUCCAGCACCCCUGGUUCAAGCGUGCUCUGGGACCCCUCAUUCCAAGCCGUUUGUUCGACCAGUUUUUCGGAGAGGGUCUCCUCGAGUAUGACCUCCUGCCUUUGUUCUCUUCCACUAUCAGCCCCUACUACAGGCAGUCCCUCUUCCGCAGCGUGCUGGAGUCGGGCAUUUCAGAGGUGAGGUCUGACCGGGACAAGUUUACAAUCAUGCUGGAUGUAAAACACUUCUCUCCUGAAGACCUGAGUGUGAAGAUUAUCGAUGACUUUGUGGAAAUCCAUGGCAAGCACAGUGAAAGACAGGACGACCACGGCUAUAUCUCCCGCGAAUUUCACCGCCGGUACCGCCUGCCCGCCAACGUGGACCAGGCUGCCAUCACCUGCUCCCUGUCCAACGACGGCAUGCUGACCUUCUCGGGCCCCAAGGUCCCCUCCAACAUGGACGCCAGCCACAGCGAGAGGCCCAUCCCCGUGUCGCGGGAGGAGAAGCCCACCUCCGCGCCUUCCUCCUAAACCCGCCUGCCGCUGCGGCAUGCAGGCUGCCACCGUCUGCAGGUCUCAUUCCCAGAGCCAUUGCAUAGAUAUCAGUGAAUAUCUAGAGGGGUUUCUUUCGUUGGUCCCCCCGCCCCCCCCCCCCCUGUUGCACCCUCCCCCUUUCUCUUGGAUGGGACGAGGGGCUGGGUGAGCGGCUGGUGGA